GCCAGAAGUUUCUCAUUCUCAUUUGAGCUCUCGAAUACUUUGGGGGAAACAUUCGUGGACUGCUGAAGACACUGAGAUUAAGAGUUGCUGAUUUACCAUUAUUAUUUAUUGGACAGUUUAUUGGUAAAGGGCCAGUUUUUAUACCUGAAGGGACGUCAGUAAAUCGGUUUUCAGAAUCAUUCGUAUCAUAAAUGCUUGAUGUAAGAUUUGGACUUCAUAAAGAUCAAGAAUGAGUUCAUCUGAUGGUAACAUCUCAUAUUCUACUGUCAUUGGCCUUGCUUACAAGACCAACAGCAGCUGCCAGAUUGAUGCAGAAUUCAGAUACAUAUUGUUUCCUAUUGUCUACAGUCUCAUCUUCAUCCUAGGACUCAUUGGAAACUGCUACGUGCUGUGGGUUUUUAAGCAGAUGACUCCUACAAAGAGCAUGACUGAGAUUAAAAUCUUCAUGGUGAAUCUGAGUGUUGCUGAUCUACUGUUUAUCUUGACGCUCCCUUUUUGGAUAGUGUACUACAACACUAAAGGAGACUGGAUCUUUGGAGAGAUCCCCUGCAGGGUGGCUGGCUGUCUAUUUUUUAUCAAUACCUACUGUUCCAUUGUGUUCCUUGCAGUGAUCAGUUAUAACAGAUACUGUGCUGUGGCAUAUCCCAUUGAGACAGUUCAGUACAAUGGCAGAAAGAGAGGCUUUAUUAUUUCAACAAUUAUCUGGAUUGUAAUUGUUGCCAGCGCAGCCCCCUUUCUUUUCAAAAAAGGAACUAACGAAAUUGAUGGCGUUACUCAUUGCUUUGAAGGAUAUGAUAGGAAUUCAGCCUUGCCUGUGGUCAUCAUCCACUUUAUCUUGAUUGGAGCUUUCUUUAUUGCCUUUCUUGUAAUAAUCAUCUGCAACUUACUCAUCCUGAACCUACUAUCAACAAAAGCAGCCCAGCCGAGUAGAAGUGAAAAGGUGAAGAAACAAGCAUUCCGCAUGGUGUGUGCUGUCAUCACUGUAUUCUGCAUCUGCUUUGUCCCCCAUCAUCUGGUCCAUGGCCCCUGGACCCUCACUGUCCUUGAACUGCAGUGGGCAGAGGACUGUGCAUUCAGACAGGCAGUGAAUGAUGCCCAUCAGAUCACGCUGUCUUUGAUGGGUCUGAACUGUACACUGGAUCCUAUCAUUUACUGCUUUCUGACCAAGAAAUUCAGGAAAUUUUUGACACAACGUCUCAGUAGAUGGAAAAGUACGAGGAAGAGCAUUAGGACCAUAUCCACAGAAUCCAAUAUAGAAGGAGAUAUGGCUUUACAUACCAUAUACAAUACGUAAAAUGGUGUCACAGAAACAGAAAUUGCUGGAGAGAACUCAGCACGUCUGUGGAGAGAAAUCAGAGUUAAUGGUUCAGGUCUAGUGACCCUUCUCCAGAAUAUAAAAUGUAGUUGCUGAUACGACCAGGAUAAUGUUGACCAUAUUUGACUUGUUGCAUUUGUUUAUUUUUAGUUUUGAUAUCACUGUCCAUAAAUGUGUGCAUCACUCUGUCUAAUAUAAUGACAUAAUGUCACCACCAUGUUUUUGUUUUUGUGAUUCUGCAAUGUGCAUUUACACAGCACCUUUGCAGCAUGUUUUACAGAGAGGUAGAAAAUGGACAAAUGCCAAACUAUUUGGAUGGACAAGUUAAAAGUUGUUUCUAAAACCCUGUUCAAUGAGAUGGGUUUUGAGAACCUUUUCAAAGAUAUAAGGGGAUAUAGAGAGUUUCAAGAGUUCAGGGAAGAAGAAACCGUGGCAUCAAUGUGACUGAACUCUCUAUCGCUGAGAUUAAGAGAAAGACAGGUUUGAAAAAGGCAAGAUUCAAAGGAGUGAAAGAUAUAAGGGGAAAUACAAGAAUAAAGCAGAAAGGGAUAGUGAAUGAAAGGAUGGUGGAAUUCGAAGAUGUUGAUAGGUUAUUGAAUGCAAUGCAUUGGAGAACAGGACAGCAAUGUCUGCAAAUGUGACUUAAUAUGGGUCAAUGUACAAAUAGUUUAGUUUUGAACAAUAAGGAUUUUCUGAAGGGUUAGAGGCCAGUAAGGAAAUCAUGGAGAAAUGAAGUCUGGAGGUAACAAAAGUGUAGAGAAGAGUUAGUCAUGUGGUGGGUUGGGGUUUGGAGCGGGUUAGGGAAGGGAUGGUCAAUGUUGCAGCGAUGGAAAUGUCUACUCCUGAUUGUCAGGUAAGGUGCGAAUACCCCAAUCUGUGAACCAUGACUAUUUGAGCCUGACUCAUAUGAAAAGCGGCCAGUUGUGAAGAUGUGUCCAGAAUUCAUUGCGUCAUACAUUUGCCAGGAAAUUUUCAGAAAGAAGAUGUGGGAGAACCAGAGGGAGGGAAGUGAAAGAGUUGUUUGCUUUUUGAAUGAAUUGUUUCACACGUUAAGAAAGCAUUGGUCGAAGCAUUCCAAAAAUUAAACUGGCAAA